ACAAUAUCGAUUAUUAUUACUUUAGUACCGUUAUACUAUUUAUAAUAAAUUUAUUUUACAGAUUAAUUAGUCUUCAAAUAAUUGCUUAUUUAUCUCAAAAAAAUGUUAUUUCGAUUCUUAAUUUUAAAUUUUUAUAACUUUUGGAUUUUAAAUAAAAGUUUGAUGGUUUUCUGUAGUUCAAGUUCAAGUUCGAAUCAAAACAUAGAUACAAAAUAUAUUAUCAAUGCAUUCAAUACUAUUUGUCAACAGAAAGGAUGGUUAGAUAUUACAUAUAAGUACAGGGUCGAUGAUGACACACAUCGUUAUAUUAAUACGAGCGAAAUUAAGUCGGAAAUUAAUGAAGAUAAUUUCCUUCAAAAAAUACCAAUAAUAAACGAUUUCAUAAUUGUUAGAUACACUGCAUAUUUGAAACUAUUUAAAUAUUUAUUGAACAGUUUUUAUGAAUUAUGUUGCAGUUAUAUUAAUAUCGAUGAAAAAAAUUUCAUUUAUUGCUCUAGGAUGUUGCGGCAUACAGUAAGCACAUCAGCUAAAAUGUUUCUAAAAUUUUUAUAUGUCGCUAUUUUCAUACACAAUAUAAAUGUUCAUCUAUAUAAUCAAUAUGAAUUAGAUUAUAAAAUAUUUGUUACUCAAAUAAAGCUAUUGUAUGAUCUGACAUUAAAAAAACGUAUUAAUAUUACUUUUAUAACUAUUGCUGUGAAUGUAGUAAACUGUAUUGGAAGUUUAAUUAAUGAUUCAUUAAACACAAUUAUAGAGGACUUAGACACAUUAAAUCAUUAUGAAGCAUGUUAUUAUGAAAAAUCAGUUGAAACAUUAAUUCGAAAAACAAUAGACAUGGACAGAAAAAUAUUUUCUGGAUAUAUUGAUGAUCAUAUAACUACUUUAGAUUGGUUUUAUAAGCUAGCAAUUAAAGAUGGAUAUUAUGACUUGGGCUUUGACCAAGUGAUCGUUGAUAAUAUGUACACGUGUAUAAAGGAAAAUAUUGAGGCUAAUCAUAAACUUUAUGAUUUACAUCAAGAAAAUGUGAAUUUUAAAGGACCAAUAUAACUACCAGAUUCUAAAGAUAGUCAAGAAUACUAUCUAAAUUUAGAUACGACCAUUGAUUUGAAUAAUAAAAGUUAUUUUUUUUUAUAUUACAAAAAAGAAAAAUUGUUUUAAUUAAGUUAGUUAUUAUUUUAUUUUAUGUAGCUUUUAAUUAUAAAAUCAAACUGCAAAUAAUGUUUAUGACAGGAUUUGAAAAAGCAAUUUUUUUAGUUGCAAUCAGUUUUUAAU